AUGUCUGUUCUUAACAACUCUGAAGGCAAGCAUUUUCUUCUGAUUGGGACCCCAGGACUGGAAUAUGCGCAUACAUGGAUCUCCAUCCCCAUCUCCCUCACGUAUCUCAUUGCCAUCCCGGGUAACUGCAUUAUCCUUUCUGUCAUCAAGACAGAGUCCUCCCUUCAUGAGCCCAUGGGUUAUUUUCUUACCAUGUUGGCUGUCUCUGAUAUGGCCUUGUCCUUCUCUUCCCUUCCUACCAUGUUUAGAAUCUUUGUUCUCAGUGCUAUGGGAAUCUCACCCAAUGCCUGCUUUGCUCAAGAGUUCUUUAUCCAUGGGUUCACUGUCAUGGAAUCCUCUGUGCUUUUAAUUAUGUCUUUGGACCGCUUUCUUGCCAUUCACAAUCCCUUAAGAUACAGUUCUAUCCUCACCGGAAGCAGCGUUGCUAAGAUGGGACUAAUGUUAGCCUUCAGGAGCACAGCUUUAGAGCUUCUGUUUCCUUUCACUCUAAGGCGAUUGAAAUACUGUCAGAAGAAUCUCCUCUCUCAUUCAUACUACCUUCAUCAGGAUGUCAUGAAACUGGCCUGCUCUGAUAACAAUUUUAUCUAUGGCUUCUUUGUGGCUCUCUGUACCAUGCUAGACUUUGCCUUGAUUCUUAUAUCUUACCUGCUGAUCUUGAAGACAGUACUCAGCAUUGCAUCUCUGGCAGAAAGACUCAAAGCCCUAAAUACCUGCGUCUCCCACAUCUGUGCUGUGCUCAUCUUCUAUGUGCCCAUCAUCACUAUGGCUGCCAUCCAUCGCUUUGCCAAGCACAAAAGCCCCCUAACUGUAAUACUUACUGCAGAUAUGUUCUUGUUGGUGCCACCCCUGAUGAGGUUCAUCAUUGUGUACUGCAUAAAGACUCGGCAAAUCAGGGAGAAGGUUUUGGGAAAGAUGGUUAACUUAUGUAUGAGAUAG